AUUGAAAUUGUUAACCCUGAUACACAUCGUCGAUGAAAAUUUCGGUGAUUUGUGAAAUAUACUUCCUCAUGAAGUAAAUAUGGAUAUUUCAGUAUUUCACUUGAUCCUUAUAUAUGUUAUUUCGGAGGUUGAAACAGAAAACGGAGGUCAGAUAUCAUUAAAAGUGAAACCCUUAGAUGGAACUGCGGUUUACGGAGAUGUGUCCUACACCAUAGAGUGUACAAUAACUGGAACCCAGGCUACAACAUGGUCGUGGUCAAAGAGCUCAAUCACUAGUACUAGUGGUAACACAGCGGUACUAUCUAGUAGAAGCAAAUAUAGCAUAGUAAUAUAUCCAAAUGCUACGGAUUUAACUAUAUAUAACAUUGUAGAGGAGGAUGAGCAGGACUAUUUCUGUCAAGCGACAAUAAAUAUUGGUACAGGGUUAAAAUUCCAGACGAAAUCAAGGCUUAUUGUCAAUGGAGGUUUCUUAACUAUUACUAUGUCUCCUGCUAAGGCUGAUGUUCUCCAGGGACAAUCUCAAUUAAUCUCAUGUUUCGUUACCGGGGAACCAGUAGCCUCAGACAUAAGAUGGUAUUUUACACCAACUAAUUCUGAGCAACGGCAAUUAUUAUACACAGGCAAUACAGCGAAGUAUUCUGGCGGUAACACUCAGAACCCUUCUUUAACAGUACUGAACUUCCAAUCUUCUGAUAGUGGUAAAUAUGGCUGUUCUGCUUCAAAUGCUGUUGGAACAAGUACCCGUUCAUAUAGUGUUCUUAGAUUCAUUAGUGACCUAAAUUUAACAGCAUCGUUGACACCAUAUUCAGCUAUAGUAGGUGAUUCCAAGGUCACUAUGACGUGUACAAUAAAUGGCGAACCACCAGCAAUUGGAUGGGACUGGACAAAAACGCAAGUUGAUAGAGGCAGCGCUGAAAUAAUAGCUCAGGGGACAAAUAAUGCAAAAAGACAAAUAAUGACAUCUGCAACCAACCCAAAUUUAAAUAUAUUCAGCAUUACAGAAAAGGAUGAGGGUAUUUAUAAUUGCCGAGCGAACAAUGGAAGACGGCACUUUAUAAGUAACCCUGUCAAUCUUAAAGUUCUAGAAGCUUCUAUCAGGACAGCCCCAGGUGAACCGGAAACAAGUAGUCAUGUAGAAUUUCAGAUAGGAAUGACUGUUAAACUUUCAUGCAGUUCUACCGGAGCAAACCCCCCACCAUCAGUAAUAUGGUUGAAAGAUGAUAUUGUAAUAACGUCUGGUACUAAUACAUCUACUAGUGGUAAUAUAACAAUAACGACAUUGACUUUUACAACAACUGCCAAUGAUGAUCAUGAGGUAUAUGAAUGUCAGGUCGAUAAUGGAUUCCUUAAGAGACCACUAGUAAAGACGACAUAUCUCACCCUUAAACCUUCGAUCAACGCUCCAGGUCAACCAGAAAUAACAGGUUCACAUCAAUAUCACUUAGGAAAUACUGUAAGAAUGAUAUGCCGUUCUACGGGAGGAAAUCCUUUACCAACAUUAAAUUGGCUGAGAAAUGACAAUGUCAUUACAAAUGGUAUAAGCAGUUCUUCAAACAAUAGUAUAACAACGUCAACUUUAACAUUUACUGCUGGUUUGGAAGACCACCUCUCAGUGUUUGAAUGUCAGGCGGAUAACGGCGUAUUGAAAAAACCACUUGCAACGACAACAUAUGUUGCAGUAUAUUUUACGCCAACGGUCCCAAUAUUGACCGGACCUACCAACCUGAUAUCUGGUUCCUCUGGAAAAUGGACUUGUUCAUCAUUGCAUGGAUAUCCUGCACCAACCAUUUCAAUUAGGAUCCAGGACCGACAUUACACAAACGAGUUUGUUGUUGUACAGUCUUAUGAUGUUAUUGAUAGAAGUUAUAUAGUAUCUGGAACAUUAGACGUGGUUCCAUUAUCUGACAAAAGUGGACAAAAUAUAUGUUGUGAUGUUAGUCAUCUGUUAAAUAACAAAGAACCUCAAUCAGUUUGCUUGCAGUUGACCAUUGAAGAUAAAGAAGAUAAGAACUUAAUAAUAUACGUCGUGAUUGGGUUGGUUGCAAUUUUGCUGCUCUUCAUAAUAAUCAUGGCAGUACUUUGUAACAACAGAAAUGGAAGAUCUCAAAAUCGAAAUUGUGAUAGAUAUGGUGAGGAAUUAGAUGACAACAGACAAGGGAUGCAUAACAACAGACAAGGGAUGCAUGACAACAGACAAGGGAUGCAUGACAACAGACAAGGAAUGCAUGACAACAGACAAGGGAUGGAUGACAACAGACCAGGGAUGGAUGACAACAGACAAGGGAUGCAUGACGACAGACAAGGGAUGCAUGACGAUGACAAUUCAGAAGACCAUUACACAUGGGUAUUUGUAAAUAACACUGAAUUAAAUUCAAUAAGCGGAAACUCUGUAAGAUCAAUACCGUAGUUUUUCUGACGUUCUAAAAUAAAACAAGGGAUUCAGAACAUAUUGUAUAUGAAAUACGUAAUACAAGGAACAGUUUAAUUAUAAGCAAUGUUUUUUAAUGCAUACUCAAACGGAUUAUUCUUUUCAAGACGUAAUUUUUUCUGAAAUAAAAAUACAUGACAGUAUUCUAUUUUAGUUGCUUUUAUACUUACGCAGAAUAAAUGGUGAAUGGUAGAUAAUCUAUGUAUAAAAUAACCUUGAAUACAGUUACCAUUA